GGAGCUGCAGCCCGCCGUCUUUCAGUCUUUGUGUGCUCUGUCCCGGCUGCGAGCGCUGCGGUCGCCCGGAGAGCCGACCCAACACCCUGCCCUCAAUAAUGCGCUAUUUUUCUACUUUUAUACCGCUGGAUUCCCAGUUUGUACAGCCGAUGAAUCGCCUGGGGGUUUUUUAAUGGACGGGGUAGUAUGAAUUCCCAAUGUUAUACAGUGGCGAUGGACCUUGGCGUUUGUCAACUGAGGAAUUUCUCGAUAUCGUUUCUAUCUUCUGUGCUCGGGAAAGAGAGUGCAUCAGUCAGGCUUGACAAUAGCUCCUCGGGUGCAAGUGUGGUGGCCAUUGACAACAAGAUUGAACAAGCAAUGGAUCUGGUGAAGAGCCACCUGAUGUACGCUGUGCGCGAGGAGGUGGAGGUGCUGAAGGAGCAGAUCAAAGAGCUGAUCGAGCGCAACACUCAGCUGGAGCAGGAGAACAACCUGCUCAAGACCCUGGCCAGCCCCGAGCAGAUGGCCCAGUUCCAGGCGCAGGUUCAGACCGGCGGUUCCCCCACCAGCACCGCCCAGCCUCUGCUCCCGGUCCCCGCCGGAUCCACACAAGUCCUCCCCUCCACACAGAACUCCGGCUCGUCUGCGUAACACAGAACCUGCACACUGGAGAGUCUCCUAAGGAUGAGCAAUAGGGGGGAUGGAAGGAAGAAGAUGAGGAGAAGGAAGAGGAGGAAGGAGUCUUGCCAUACUGUGAACUAACUCUAGCAUCAAGACCGACUAUGCCACCGUCUCAAGGACACUUCAACUUAACCGGAGGACGAAACAACUUUCCUUUGUUGCACAUUUUAUUUAAUUGAAAGACUUUGGAGUUGCACCGGUGUGUGUGUGUGUGUGUGUCCGCUUUGUCUCCGUCUUUUAUUACCUGCUUCAGACAAUCGUUGUCGUCGUGCUGGUCGCCGUGGUGAUGAUGAGGAAAAGGAUAGAGCUGACAGGAACUGAUAGUCGACCCUUACAGCCAGCGCCGCCACUGUUCAGGGCCACCAGAGGAAGGAGGAGCUAACCCAGGGCUCGGCCAAUCAGGGGAGCACGCUGCACGCUCUUGUCAGUGCCGUUGAAUCCCUCGCAGUGUGAACCGUGGAAAGUGUGCCAUCGUCUUGCCCCCGCCCCACUUCAACUCAUCGCUGUCCAUCUGCACACAGUUUUUUACUCAGCAUCUGCUUAUUUCUUUUUUCCGUUUGCACUUUUUUCAGACGAUGUUGACAGCGGACGAACUUUACAGAUUCGUACAACCCAUCUGGAAUGGGAGUCAAAUAAACCAGCCGACUUUUUUCUGGGUCUCAAUCCUCACAGUAUCUGAAGACGACAAGAUUUUCUGCGCUGAGGCGGGGUUAUAAAGAAAUUUCUGCUAUAUAUAUAUAUAUAUAUAUAUAUUAGCUGCGUCUCCUUGUUCACUUUAAGAACUCUGUGUUCUUUUCGAGGUUAGCGUCGCCAUCCCCACCCUUAAGGCACCCUCCCCCCUUCUUGGAUGGAGCAUUAAACAUUUAUGCAGGGAAUUAAUGUUUUUUAGGGAGGGCUGGGAAAGGAUUGGGAUUUGGUUUGUCUGUUGAUCUUCUUGCUCUUAUUGAUGUAAUAAAUGUCCUAGUGGUCUGUAAAAAUAAAUGAUGGAAAGGUGAAUAAAUAGGACAUGACUGUUUCUAGGUAGUGAACUUUGUACAUAUGAAAAAUUUCCAAUUAAACUCUGCCAAGUGCCUGGUUUCUAACCAUAGAUACAUAUAUAAGCUUUUUUUAGUUGUUUUAUUCAUAUAUUUGUGUAUAUAUAUAUCUAUGGUUUUGCCAGGUUUUGAACUACCUGUGAUGUCAUUACUCAGGGUGGGACCACAAGAGGAUUAUUUACCUCCACACUAAGAUGCUGUCUCUCCUGCAGUGACACACGGCCUCGUACUGUAUGUGAACUCUCCUCUGCCGCCGCUUAAAACUCACUCGCUCAAAUGAUCUGGACUGUUUUACCAUUUGGGGACGUGUGUAGUUGUUUUUUUUAACGAAUGACUGUUUUUUUUUUUUGUUUUUUUUUUUGUUUCUUCCUUUGUUUUUUUUCUUCUUCUUUUUUGUCUUUUGUACAGCCAAGUGUUUUGAGUUGCUCAUAGUGCAACUGGAGCGCUGAACACAAUAAUGAGAUACUUGGCAAAAGAAAAAAAAAAAAGGAAAAUGCCUAGCAGAAGUAUGUCGAUGUUUGUGCAUGUUCCUCAGCCCAUCACAAAUGUGACGUUAUAAUUGCACUAGACAGUUGCACCUCAAAUAAAAAUAAAAACAAAAAGCAAAAAGUG